AUCUUCUUGCUCUUGCUGAAAAGCUGAGCGCAAAUUAAAGCUCAGCAACGCUCCACAAGCGCACGUUGUGUUGGUGAAUGAUUUUAGUAACUUUGUGAGCUGACCGAAUUUUAGUUUACUUUGUGCGCGGCUGCUGGCUUGUUCAAUGGAAUUGUUAGUUGGAAAGCAAAUCGUGUGAAAUGUGUAGUUGACAAGUAGUGCCAGCACUUGAUAAAAAUCAAUAUUUUACAAAAUUAUUUAGUUAUAUAAGCAUUAAGUAGUUAUUUAUAAACAAAUUUUCCACAAGUAAUACGUCCAAACGCGUUUUAGUGAGCAUUAUAUACGCAAAUAUGUCCAGUUUUGUGAAUGUUGUGCGUGGUGUCUUCCGCCGUCAUCCCUUUCUCGCCAACAGCGCCAUCUAUGGCAGCUUAUAUGUUGCGGCCGAGUAUUCGCAGCAAUAUUUGGUGAAGCGUGUGCUGCCGGAAACCGAAGCGGAAAAAGAGGAUAUCGAUUAUGCCACAAUAGGUCGGUAUGCUGUAAUGGGUACAACCGUUUUCGCACCAACACUCUAUACAUGGUACAAAUGGUUGGAUGGCACCUUCCCUGGCACUACCAAACAGAUAAUCCUUAAAAAGCUGGUGCUGGAUCAAUUCGUGUUAACACCCUACCUGCUGACUGCUUUCUAUACAGGCAUGUCAUUGAUGGAGCAAGCUGAGGAUCCCUUCAAGGAGUUACGGGAGAAAUUUCUGCCCACAUUCACACGCUCUUGCAUCUUUUGGCUGCCAGCGCAAACUUUGAACUUCGUAAUGGUUGCGCCGAGAUUUCGUGUUAUUUACAUGGGGGUCUGCGGCUUUAUAUGGGUGAAUAUUUUAUGUUGGAUCAAGCGGCAACCUAAUGAGCUGGAGCCUGCGAGUGAGGUGAAACUGAAGGUGGCUGGUCAAUAGAGGCUUAAACUAAGUAGAUUUUUUAGAAAUUUGAGGUUUUUAAUAAUUUAGUGCACUAGCAAAUGCAAUGCUAUGAGAUUUGAGCUUAUUUUAACUUGUAUUUAGAGAAGCUUUAAAUAGCGUUUUUGAAAAAAAAAAUAUUAAAAAGAGGCUUAUAGAAUGCAUUUAGGUAUUACCAUUAGGUAAUACCAUUUUUAAAGACAACAUGUCAUAAAUUGGUGAGAGAAAAAAUUAAACGAAUUUAAGCGAAGAGUUUCGGGAGAAAACGUUUUUUGAAAGAUGUGAGAUUUGUCUUAAGUUAACAAUAAGUUACUUUUCAUAAGCUGUUACAAACGAAUUUAUUUGUAAAAAAUAAAAAAAAACAUUACAAUAAAGUCUAUUUCAUUUAAUCGAUAUUUAUCGACAAA